AUGACUUCGACGAGGUGCUGGCGCGGGCAGAGAGACUCUCGGUUCAGAGUCAUGCUGCUUCUAGCUUUUUUCAUACAUCUCCAAUCACUAACGGCUUUGCAAUGGAAGCACACGCGGGACUGGACUGUGUGCUCGUGGAACGGGUACGCUGGGCCGUUGAUCCUCCAGUCACAGCAGCAAAUAUGCCCCCUCGCAAGCGAUUGGUCGCUCUGGUCACAUCAACCCAUUUGUCCCGAGCCAGCUGAAGACGAUUAUGACUCGGAGCCGCUUUCACCCGAUUGUGUUUUCACACUCGCCGCUUUUCGGGGCAACCAGGGCAUCAGCCUAAUAACCACCCCCCACCUUGCCGCCAGCCUCGCCGACCAGCUGGAUGACUCAAGAGUGUCACCAAGACUCAGACAUCAACUGGCAAGUGGGGGCCAUAGCCAACAGAAUGACAAUGUAGCCUAUGAAAUUCGAGAGGUGCCGGGACGUGGCAAGGGGGUGCUUGCCAAGCGCAAGUUUGAAGAACAUGAGACCGUCAUGGUCGGGUUCCCCGUGCUGGUUGUUAGGUUGGACUUCAUCAACGGAGACCGAUAUAGCACUAAGCAGAAACGACACAUGAUGGAAGCGAGUGUGAAGCAACUCCCACCAGAGCAGCAAAAGGCAAUAGGGUCCCUGGCACGGAACACAGGCGGAGAACCUAUUCUGGAUGCUUUCCGUACCAACGGUUUCGGUAUUGAGAUUGACGGAAUCCAACACUUGGCGCUUUUCACCGAUGGCUCGAGAGUCAACCACAAUUGUCGGCCGAAUUCUUAUUGGCGUUACGUCAAUGGCGACAUAGCGAUGGAAGUUGUGGCACUGCGAGACAUUCAACCCGGGCAAGAAGUUGCACAUAGUUGUAAGAACCAACCCCAGCCCGUGGUCGAGACGACAGCUCACCUCUACCUUGGUAGAUGCUCCGCUGGGGUAUACUUACGAACAACGGAAAACCAUCCUUCAAGCAUGGGGAUUUCAUUGCAGGUGCGCGUUGUGCUCCGAGCAUAUCGAAGAGCGAAACGCCUCCGACAAACGGCGAGAACGCCUGCUCGAGAUUCAUCAGACACUGAGCCAGGCGGAGAGACUCGGCGGCCAACGCGUCGGGCAGCUCGUAAUAGAGGCUGUGGGGUUGAUCGAGAAGGAAGAAUUACGCCCGCAACUUGUGGAGUAUUAUCAACGGUUUGCGAAAGCGUACCUGAUGGUCAAUGAUCUCAAAAGAGCGCGAGCAUUUGUCGCCGAAACUGAUAAGAUGUGGGUGUUGUAUGGAGGAGAGCAGCAUGAAAAUAUUGAUGGCAUGCGAGAGUUAUGGCAGACUUUGGAAGAAGCAGAACGGGAUGCCGAAGACGAUUGAUUGCGUAUCGAGAGGUCGGAGAGGGAUGUAGUAGCUCGGAAGACUAGAAGUCUCGUUCGGUUGAAAAAUAAGGGAACAACUGUCCCACGCUGAUGACGUGGUGGCUUGACUGGGAAAGCUCAUGUAGUGUUCGGCAUUUCAGUAUGGCAGAUCUUGUUUCCCUUCGCAAGAUAUGUAACAUGUUCGCGUGGGGGCCGGUGUGCAUACAGG